UGGUCCUAGAGCCGUCCCCCACCCAGCAGCCAGUCAACAGCAAUCACCGUGUCUCACAGUAAAUGCAGCCGUGUACCGACGCGCUUUUCCGGGCAUUAUCGACUAACCUUUCAUGUCCUGAAUCAGAUAUAAAGAUGGCCUCUCCUCAGCCUGGCAGCCCACCUCUUGCAGAGCAGUAUACUCCUCCUGUUCAGGAUGAAGAAAGCCAUCAAGAUGAAGAGCUGAUGAUGGAUCACCCUGCAAAAAAACGUGGCAGAGGCAGGCCUCCAAAAGCCAAACCUUCCUUCAAAUGCUCAGCCUGCACAGAGGCUUUCAGGAGCCUGUCAGCUCUGCGGAGCCACAAGCUUUCAGCACACGUCAAGGAGCGUCAGCAGCAACACUCGUGUUCUCAGUGUACGAAAACAUUCUCGAGCAAGGCUCAGCUCUCGAAGCAUGAGCGCACUCAUUCAGCCCAGCGACCCUUUCAGUGUCCCGACUGUCACAAGGCUUACAAGACACCCACUGAGCUACGCAACCAUAGCCGCUCUCACACAGGGGAGAAACCAUUCGUAUGCACAGAGUGUGGUAAGGCGUUUAUGCAAGCUAUAUGCCUGAGAAUCCAUAUGACACAGCACAGUGGAGAGCGCCCGUACUCCUGCCGUCAGUGCUCUAAGAGCUACCCCACCCUGUCUAAACUGAAGGUGCACAUGCGCUCUCACACGGGAGAAAAGCCAUACUUCUGCGUGGAGUGCGGUAAGAGUUUUGCAGAUCCCUCCGUGUUCCGAAAACACAGAAGGAACCACCAAGGUCAUCGGCCGUAUGCUUGUGAUGAGUGUGGGAAAACAUACACAGAGCUGAAGGACCUGAAAAACCACGAGCGCUCCCACACCGGAGAAAAACCAUACCUGUGCUCAGACUGUGGUAAAGCCUUCUCCCGCUCCUCCUCCCUGGCCUGCCAUCAGCGCAUUCACUCCCAGAACAAACCCUAUCAGUGCGAGCAGUGUGGUAAGGGCUUCACUCAGCUCUCCUCCUACCAGUCUCACCUCCGCACUCACUCUGGCGAGAAGCCGUUCCUCUGCCCACAGUGUGGCAAGAUGUUCUCUGACCCUUCCAGUUUCCGUCGCCACCAGCGAGCCCACUUGGGUUUCAAGCCAUACCCCUGCGACAAGUGUUCCAAGAGGUUUCGGCAGCCGGCCGAUCUGGCCGUGCACGAGCGCGUUCAUUCCGGAGAGCGGCCUUACAAAUGCCAGAGCUGUGACAAGGCUUUUGUAGCAUCCUGGGAUCUGCGGCGCCACAUGCUCGUCCACACGGGUCUUAGGCCCUUUUCUUGCACUGAGUGUGACAAGUCUUUUGCUGAGCGCUCCAGCCUCAACAAACACCGGCGCGUGCACUCUGGAGAGAGGCCUUUUAAAUGUGAGGAGUGUUUGAAGUCUUUCGUGGUGUCCUCGAGCUUGCGCAAACAUGAGAGGACUCACCUAGCUGAGCAGUCUGAGCAGCAGCAGCAGCAGCAGCAGCAGCAGCAGCAACAGGAGACAGAGGCCGGGUCGGCCUCAGGCUUCACUGCCCACACAACUCUCCCUCAGUUCUCCUGCACUCACUGUGAUGCUACUUUUGGAAGCUGGGAUGAAGUUCAGGCACAUGAGAAUCUCCACUCAAUCGACUCCACUCCUCAGACUGUUACAAAAAUCGUGCCCAUGGGCUCACAUGUCUGUGAAACCUGCCAGGCAGAGUUUGCACAGCUGGCAGACUUGCAGGAGCACGAGAAACAGCACCCCAAGCCGCGGCCUCAUGUCUGCAACAGCUGCGGCAAAGGCUUCCUCAACAAAUCUGGACUGCGUAAACACCAGAAGACCCACUCCACCAGCAGGUCUCACAGCUGCCCCCACUGUGGCAAAGCUUUCCUGUUUGCCGCCUACCUUCGCAAGCACUUAAGGACUCACGCAGACGCUGCCCCGACAGCUUCGCCACUCACUGACAUAAACAUUAUCCAUACUGACCCGCUUCCCUCUCCUCCACCCCCCAGUGAGGUUUCAUCCACCACUGUUGAACCCAGCACCAUAUCGCUGACGGUUCCUGUGACUGUACCUGUGACUGCUUUUCAGACUCUGCCAGAGUACUUGGUCAAAGAGGAGGGACUGUAAGCUUUUUUUAUUUUAUUUUUUUUAUACUGUUUUUCAAAUUUUGAUUCCACAAAUAUUUAGCCAGUGGCCUUAAAUCUUUUUAGAAGAUGGGUCUGAUGAAGUGUUAUAUUUAAAGAGAAACUUUUUUGUCAAAAAAAGCUCAAAAUAGUCUCAGUCAUGUAAAUUGUCAGCGCUUUGUCAUCGUUUCACAUUUGCAUAAUAUUUGAAAGAUGUGACGCAUCAUGUUUUAAAAUAUUUACUGUAUUAUGAGUAGCUUACUAUGAAAAGAUCUUCUCUGUUAUAAUCGCUUCAUAUAAACGUGGUGUUGCAAACAUGUAUGCUAAUCACUUAAGCUGUUGUGAUUUCAGGUAAAAUGUGUUUUACAAUGCUUUUUAAAUUACAGCCUGUCUUACAUUCUUUGAAUUUAC